AUGGAUUCUAGUGUCAAGCUUGAUAGUGACACUGGAGACCUAUUUCCCGAUAUUGGUCGUUGUCGUCGGUUGGUUGGGAAGUUAAUAUAUCUCACUGUCAUUCGUCAAGCUAUUACUUAUGCGGUGGAUGUGGCUGGUAAUAAGACUGACCGUCAUUCUACCUCAGGCUAUUGUACUUUUGUUGGUGGUAAUCUUGUUACUUGGCGUAGCAAGAAACAAAUUGCUGUUGCUCAUUCUAGUGCUGAGGCUGAGUAUUUUGCCAUGGGUUAUACUGCUUUUGAGAUGCUCUGGGUUUAG